UGUUACUGACGGCUAACACGCAGAAGAGUUAGAGUUGGUUUAAAACUAGAUAAUGACAAUAUGGAUCAAGGACAAAAUGACACCGAAGACCCAGAAAUGAGUCCCGUGAUGGAUGUAGAAGGGUGUGAGAGUGACGAGAUGUUUGUUCAGUCUCUAAACGAGUUUAUCGAGAAAGAGAAGAAGUACCUGCAGUGUCCAGAGGAGGGCACUGAUGAGCUGCGACACAUUGUCUACCGCUCCGCGUUCAACAAGGUGAUUGGUCGAGCCUCGGCCUAUAGGAGGCUCCUGCUGGACAUAAAGUCAGAGUAUGACGGCGUCAUCAGGGAGAUGAAGAGGAGGGAGGAGGAAGCUGUGGCUUUCCACCUGAAGUCCCUGCUGGGUUAUGCUGCUCACAUCACUGACAGAACCUUGGUCCUCCAGAAUCAGACAUCAGAACUUCAGCAGGAGGUCCAGAGGCAGAAGGCCACCACCCAGAGUCUACUGAUACCAGGUCUGACCGUGGCCCAGUCCGAAGACCCGGAGGUUCUGCUGGUCCAUCUGGACCACCUGAAGAUGCAGAGAGACGACCUUCUGGACCGGAAGAUCCUGUACGGUCCUGUGGAAGUGCAGACCCAGCUGACCUUUGACCUGCAAGAGGACCAGGUCCAAAGGGACCGCCUGAGGGCCCAGCACCAGCAGCUGAUGAUCCGGUUCCGGCGCCUGAAGCUGGUGGGUCAGAGUCUGACAGUCUGGGAGGAAUCGGGUCAGACGGUUCUGCUGGAGGAACUGCUGCGUUCUGUCAUCCAGAACCUCCAGGAGAUCGGAACCGAUCUGCAGGACGAAGGCGGUGAUGAAGAGUCGUUCUGCAUCCCAGCUGAGCUGCUGGAGGAAGAGGAGCCGACCGGGCUGGACGAGUCCAAACUGCUGAGGAACCACUUGGACAGGCUCCUGGACCUGCUCCGGUCCUCCCAGUACGAGGCGGCGGCCCUCCAUGCGGCCCGGUCUCCGGUCCUGAGGGACUUGGACACCAUGGAGAUGUUUCGAGGUGUUCGGGCCCCGCCGGACUCCACCCCCCCACUGCUGCUGUUCUUCCGGGCGCUGCUGGUUACCGCGGCGACGGGCAGCCGGCUGUCGGCGGCCAUGUCGCUGAGGGGCGUGGCCUCGGCUCUGCAGCAGGGAGACGUGCUGCUCAUCGCUAACGCCGUCACGCUCAACAAGCUGACCUUCUCUGAGGCUGUGGGUGACGCGCUCACUGAGCAUGCUCAGAGGAACCGGGGCGUGGCCGACCUCUGUCUGGCUCUGGCCUCCACCGUCUACCAGGCCUGCAGCCGCCACCAGAAGACCGCACUGAGCAUGUGCAGAAGAGGCCUGGUGCACGGCGCCGCCGAGGUCAUCAAGAGGAAGAAGCUCACUGCAGAGGAGAGCCUGUGGGUUCUGUCCCACGCACCCAGCCUGUCCCUCCUCCAGCUGCUGACCAACGCAGACGACAAUGGGGAGGCGGCCAUCUUGUCUGUGGGCGGGACCUUUGCCUCCAUGCUGGCGGACUUCAACCAGAACCAGCUGGCGCUGGAGCUUCUGGAAGGAUUCCUGAGGAGAGGUCCAGACGUGCUGGCGACGGCCAUCUUGGAGGACAGUAGGUGUUCAGUGGACUUCUGGGACCAGGUGGCGGCACUAUGCGCUGAACUGGACCGGGUUGAUCUGAGCCGGGCCGUCCACUCCAUCCUGCACGGACCCGGACCCUGGACAUCGGACCUGGAAGAGGAAUGGCUCAUGGAGCACGUCUUCCUGUGAGACAGGAAUUGGAGGACAGAGAGGAAGUGGAGGACGGAAACAGGAAGUGGAGGAUAGAGACAGGAAGUGGAUGAUUGAAACAGGAAGUGGAGGACAGAGACAGGAAGUGGGGGACGGAAACAGGAAGUGGAGGAUGGAAACAGGAAGUGGAGGACGGUGAUACAUGUACUUAAUUUCCUUUAAAUCAAUUUUUGUAUGUUUCCAAAUAAAUCCUGGAUUCAGUAUUAACUGUUUUGCGGCAAGAAAUAUAACUACAAAUGUUUUGUCAGCCUGGCUAUAAACAUGAUUUUAGCUCUUUAGCAUUAGCUUACAUUUUAGUAGAGUGGUUUUGCGUUAGCAGAGCUAAUAUUUGUGAUUAGUGCGUUAGCCGCUGGUUUUAACCUGCUGUCUCUGUUCCGCCUGAAUUUCCUCUCUGUGAUAAUAAAUGACUGUUUUCUCUGAAGCUAGCUGCUGUUAGCAGUUCUGCUGGGUUUGGAUCCGGUAUCUGCCUACGGUUCCU